GCGCGCAACUGGACGUAUUUUCCGCUUUCCCUGGCUGCCGAGCUGGCCAACGGAAAUGUAUAGAAAAUAGCAAAUAGCAAAUAGAAAAUGGGAAAUGGAUCAGCUCAUCGACUGACUCCUGUGUGAGAGUGUGUGUGUACGCGCGCGUGUGUUCUUUGGCCAACUUUAAACGCUUUCUGUUAUCAGCGACAAGGAGCGCGCGCGUGUGAAGCCAUGAGAGCUUGGUGCAAACAAAGUUUUGGCGGCAUUUUCAAUUAAUGGCCAAAGUCUGCGAAUUUUCGCCAUCGAAUUCCAUCGAGGAAAAUUCCGGGGAACAACAACACACAAACAUAUUUUAUGGGUUUCCCCCAAAAAUAGAAAAGCAACGAACAACUAGAACAAAAGCAAUGCCACCCAUAAGGCCAACAAUUGGGCAGCAGGCAAUCGGAUGCGAAGGAUAUGAAAAUAGCACAUCAAUUGAGCCAUAAACACACGACAGCAAACGGAAGAGCUUAAAUAAACCAAAAAACGUAUAAAUAUAUAUAUAAAAAUAAAAACCAAGAAAAAAAGAGUACAAAGCAGCAGCGUCGUCGUGCAACAAUCAACAGCACAAAGGAAACACUGCCAGAAGAAAAUCUAAAAAGAAACAAUAUAACAACAAACAAAAAGAAAAGAGCACACUGGAAGGAACUGGAACUGGAAUAAGAGGAAGUCGGAAAGAAGGAAAAGUGAAAGCCAAAAGCCCAAAUUGUAAACGCUCCAUGUAAACACUUGAAAGCUCGUUAGGAUAAUACAUCCUGCCCGGCACCGAGCACACACACUGCUGCUGACACACCACACACAUACAUAAAGAGAGACAGGAGACCAGGAAGCAGCCAAAAGUGUCACCAUGCGCCGCCCCGCCUGUCUGAGUGGCCGCCAUCACCUGAUACAGCAACAGCAACAGCAACAACAACGGCACCACCUAAAAACCCCACCAAAAUACAACACACCCUUACACACGUCACACGGGAGCCAGCAGCGGGCCAUUGCCAUUGCCAUUGCCAUCGCCAUCGCCAUUGCAUAGUCGCGCUUCCGUUUCCGCCUACUCCUCAUUUCCGCUGCGGCUGCAAUUAAGCGAAAAGAAGCGACGCAACGCGAAGGAUCCUAAAAAAAAGACACACAGCACCGCGAAUAUCCACAAAAAUGGCGCACGAGACCAGCUUUAAUGAUGCUCUGGACUACAUUUACAUAGCGAACAGCGUGAAUGACAGGGCCUUUCUGAUAGCCGAGCCGCAUCCCGAGCUGCAGAGCUCCGAUGGCCAGGAGGAAGAACAGGACCAGGACCAGGACGAGUCCGAGGCCGAGGAGAACCUAACAGCCCCCAAGGCAGUCGCCCAGCUAGAGGACACCAACAACAACAACAGCAACAGCAAGCGAUACUAUAGCUCUGGGAAGCGGCGUUCCCGCCUCAAGGGACCUUACUCCCAAUCGGCUCUGAAGCCUUCAGCACCGGCCGCCCUGCCCACCGAACCACCGAGCAACGCCACCGGCUCACCGCUGGCCACCGCCGCCUUGGCAGCCGCAGCGGCCAGUGCCUCCGUAGCGGCGGCGGCGGCCAGGAUAACAGCCAAGGCGGCGCAUAGGGCUCUAACUACGGCUACGACGACCAAGGCAGAGGCAUCGGGACCGGGAUCGGGUUCACCGCCAACCCUUCAGCUGAUCGACAUGGACAAUAACUUUACCAACGUGGCCGUCGGACUGGGGGCGAUGCUGCUCAACGACACCCUGCUCCUUGAUGGCAACGAUACUGGCCUCUUUGGCGAGAUCAUGAUGACCAACCGGAGCGGGCAACUGGAGCUGGCCAAUGGCAGUGCGGGCAUUAAUGUGACCACCAGCAAAGUGGCCGAGGAUGACUUUACGCAGCUGCUGCGAAUGGCCGUCACAUCCGUGCUGCUGGGACUGAUGAUACUGGUCACUAUAAUUGGCAACGUCUUCGUCAUUGCGGCCAUUAUCCUAGAACGGAAUCUGCAGAACGUGGCCAACUAUCUGGUGGCUUCCUUGGCCGUUGCCGAUCUCUUUGUGGCCUGCCUGGUGAUGCCCCUGGGCGCCGUCUACGAGAUCAGCCAAGGUUGGAUACUUGGACCGGAACUAUGCGACAUUUGGACCUCGUGCGAUGUCCUCUGCUGCACAGCCUCGAUUUUGCAUCUGGUGGCCAUAGCCGUAGACCGUUACUGGGCAGUGACCAAUAUCGAUUAUAUACACUCGCGGACCAGCAAUCGCGUCUUCAUGAUGAUUUUCUGCGUCUGGACAGCGGCGGUGAUUGUCUCCUUGGCCCCACAAUUUGGCUGGAAGGAUCCCGAUUACCUGCAGCGCAUUGAGCAGCAAAAGUGCAUGGUCUCGCAGGAUGUGUCCUAUCAGGUAUUUGCCACCUGUUGCACCUUCUAUGUGCCGCUGCUGGUCAUAUUGGCGCUCUACUGGAAAAUCUAUCAAACGGCCCGCAAGCGCAUACAUCGGCGGCGACCACGACCCGUCGCUGCUGCGGUCAAUAAUAAUCAGCCGGACGGAGGUGCGGCAACAGAUACGAAACUUAAUCGACUGCGUCUACGCCUUGGCAGAUUCUCCACGGCCAAGACCAAGGCCGGAAGUGCCAGUGGAGGUGGCGGCGGAGCUGGAGCUGGUGCAGCAGGAGGAGGUCCUGGAGGCAGGACUCUGGGCCUAGUCGAUGGGAACUCAACGAACACGGUUAACACCGUCGAGGACACCGAGUUCAGCAGCUCGAAUGUGGACAGCAAGAGUCGGGCCGGCAUCGAGGUGCCCAGCACGUCCCAGUCGGGCAAUCAGAUAGCCACCGUCUCACACCUGGUGGCCCUGGCCAAACAGCAGGGCAAGUCCGCCGCCAAGUCCUCGACAUCAGCUGUCAACGGAACGACUGCCAAUGGGGCGGGCAAGGGGCAGAACGAGGACCAGAACCAGGACCAGCUGCAUCAGCACGGAGGAGAGCACGAACAGGAACAGGACCCCGAGGACGAGGAGGAGGAGGAGGACGGCCAGGCGGACCUGGCAGCCGCAACCGCAACAUCGGCAGCAACGCCAGCCACAGCCACGGGCAAUGGUUCGGUGGAAGUGCUGGAGGAUCCACAGCUGCAACAGCAGCUCGAACAAGUGCAGCAGCUGCAGAAAACUGCCAAAUCCGGAGGAGGCGGUGGUGCCAGCACAUCAAAUGCCACCACAAUUACGUCGAUAUCGGCGCUAUCGCCGCAAACGCCGACAUCGCAGGGAAUUGGUGGUAUCGCGUCCGCCGCCGCCGCCGCCGGACCGAUGACAGCCAAAACCAGUACGCUGACGAGCUGCAACCAGGCGCAUCCGCUCUGCGGCGCUACCUCCUCCUCGCCCACACCCUCCUCCGCCCAGCCCCUGACUCCAGAGCCGCGCUCGAAGUCGCUGCAGCAGCAAACGCAGCAGCAGCACACAAAUCCCCAGCAGCAGCAGCAGCAACUCUCCAGCAUCGCUAAUCCGAUGCAAAAGGUGAACAAGCGCAAGGAGACCCUGGAGGCGAAGCGGGAGAGGAAGGCGGCCAAGACGCUGGCCAUUAUCACGGGAGCCUUCGUCGUCUGCUGGCUCCCCUUCUUCGUCAUGGCGCUGACCAUGCCCCUGUGCGCCGCCUGCGAGAUCAGCGACAGCGUGGCCUCGCUCUUCCUCUGGCUGGGCUACUUCAACUCCACCCUCAAUCCGGUCAUCUAUACCAUAUUCAGUCCGGAGUUCCGUCAGGCCUUCAAGCGCAUCCUCUUCGGCGGCCACCGACCAGUCCACUACCGCAGCGGGAAGCUCUAGAUAGUGCAUGCGAAGAGGCGAAGACGCUUCUGCUAGGACCGACAAAAGCGGAUGUUGAUCUAACCUCUUCGGCUAUCAUCGAGGAUUGACGCAUACUUGUAUACCAGGAUCAUGGAUAUAUAUAUAUAUAAGACCAUAAGGCCAUAAGACAGUGUGUAAAUAGCGUAUCGAAUUCUGUUAGUUAUUAGCUAAAUUUAUAGAGCCAAGUGGAGACUGUUUUUAGAAGACAAAACUGAUGAAGCGUUGAAUUGGAAAUACAAAAUGCAAAACACAAGACACACAAGAUAUCUAAUCAAAAUAAUUAGCUAGUAAGUGACUAGUUAAUACGCAUAUAUAGAGCAAUCUACUACCACUUUUCAUGUGUGACGUUAACUCAUAACUAUAACUUACGUUGGAGAUCUCCCUCGCUCCCUCUAACAUAUAUCUUCCUUCUGCUUCGAGAAUGGGAUUGGAAUCGUUACAACUGAAGCUGAUGAUGAUGAUGAUGAUGAUGAUUGGUACUCGGAUUAUGAUGUAUAUUAACUGCUAACUAGCGACAUUUAAUGUGUGUGUAAGUAAGCAUCGAUCUGCUUAGGCUUAAGCCCUACAUUUGUUGAGCAACUGUAAUAUUGGUUAUAGGAUGUAAACACUAACUUAUCGAAUAAUAAUCGGUGGUCACGCCCUGUUUAAAUACAAUUUGAACACUAUUGUUAAGCCACCACACACCCUAACAUUUAAACCUAAACAAAAAGCAAAACUGUUGUACUAUUAUGGUAAUUAUGUGUCGAGGAUUUCUUUGAAUAAGCUUAAAUGUAAUUAUCUAGCGAAAUAACGUGUAACAUUUGACAAGCAAACUACUUUCGGGAAAAAUGGGUAAAACGUAAUUAGCUAAAAUAAAGUAAAGCAUGCAAAGUAAAUUAAAUUAAGAUUGAAAAGCGGAGGGAAACUGCAGAUAUCACAAUGUUUUACCUUCCAUUAAAAAAGAACAAACUAUACCAAAAUCAAAACAAACUCUUCGAAACAAAAUCAUCAUUAACUUAGUGAAGUAAGUGUUUGCAGAUCUGUCUAUAUCUAUAAAUACCAAUAGAAAUAAGGCAAAAUACUAAAAAAUAUUUGGGCCACAUAUCAGACAAUAAUUCGAACACACAAAACACAAACACAACUUGUUAUUUUCUUAAUUUAUUUAGGUUUCAAUACUGACAUAAUUUGGCGCGCAUUUCGAAAAGAAUUAUUGUCGGUUAUGGAGGGGCCAAUAAUUUAGUAUUUUGCUGAACCAAAAAAAAAAAA